UGAUCGCUCACCAGCCGUAUUCAGGAGACAACUUUCGGCCAUUUUGCCUUUCUCUUUCAAAACAAAAGCAUUCGCGUGGAGCCACGUGAUCGUAGCAGCAGAGUGACAUAAUUGAAGUCUACUGCGUGACGCUGAGCAUUUGAAGAAGACGAUGCUAGUGAGAGGCGUUUCCCCCAGAGCGCUUGCCCGUUUGCGCGUGUGAAAGAAAGGCUUUAGUUGUGAAAGUGCGAACUGGCGGAAGCGCUCCUUAGUACUGCCACUUGCCGCCAGGGAGGCGACCUGGAUCCUGCCGUCGCCGUCUUCCCGCUGGGAAGAUCCGAAAAACGCUCCGUAAUCUUUCCCGGUUGGGGUGCCCGUCCGGAACGUCAACACCAGUCGCUCGUUCGGUCGGUGCCGGUGGUACCGGACGAAGUCGGGAGCUGAUAGGCCGCCAGGGACGAGCAUGGAGCGGCGGCGGAGGCGAACGUGACGACGGGAGCAAAAGCGGACAUUUGGCUCGGGAUUAAAGCCGAUGUGGAGCAAAAGCUGACGUCUGUCGGUCCGACGGACAACAGACGGAACUGGACUUCCAAACACAAACACGCAUAGACGAGCGAGCGAGCUAGGAAACGGGCCGCCCGCCCGCUCGGGAAUGUUUGCUGGGCGCUAACGAGGUAGCGGAGCUUAGCAGCGAACGUAUAGCCUUUAGGCCGGGCCGGGCCAGGCCAGGCCAGAACCGUCCGCGAGCGAGCAUGUCGGCGGCCAAGGAUGCUCAGGCGGCCCCGGUCCGCCUAAAGCGUCUGGAAGAGAUGCUUGUGGAGCGCACGGCCCCGGGCUGCCUGAGCGUCGAGACCCUGCUCGACCUCCUCGUCUGCGUGACCAGCGAGUGCUCCAACUGUUCGCUCAAGAGGGAGAAGCACGUCACCGACUUCCUCGACUGGGUGAAACCCUUCACGUCGUCCGUCAAGGACCUGCGACUGCACCGAGACGACUUUGAGAUGUUGAAGGUGAUUGGACGUGGAGCUUUUGGCGAGGUUGCCGUGGUAAAGAUGAAGCAGACGGAGAGGGUGUACGCCAUGAAGAUCCUCAACAAGUGGGAGAUGUUAAAGCGGGCCGAGACGGCGUGUUUCCGUGAGGAGCGUGACGUGCUGGUGAGAGGGGACAGCCAGUGGAUCACCACGCUGCACUUUGCAUUCCAGGAUGACAACUACCUCUACCUGGUGAUGGAUUACUACGUGGGCGGAGACUUGUUGACGCUGCUCAGCAAGUUUGAGGAUCGUCUGCCGGAGGACAUGGCCAAAUUCUACGUGGCCGAGAUGGUUCUGGCCGUGUACUCGGUCCACCAGCAGCGUUACAUCCACAGAGACAUUAAACCUGACAACGUGCUGCUGGACGUCAACGGCCACAUUCGUCUGGCCGACUUUGGAUCGUGUCUGCGCAUGUUGGAGGACGGCACGGUGCAGUCGUCGGUGGCGGUGGGCACCCCGGACUAUAUUUCCCCUGAGAUCCUGCAGGCCAUGGAGGACGGGAUGGGCCGCUACGGGCCCGAGUGCGACUGGUGGUCUCUGGGCGUGUGCGUGUACGAGAUGCUGUACGGCGAGACGCCCUUCUACGCCGAGUCGCUGGUGGAAACUUACGGCAAGAUCAUGAACCACGAGGAGCGGUUCCAGUUUCCGUCCCACGUGAGCGACGUGUCGGACGCGGCCAAGGAUCUGAUCCAACGGCUGCUGUGCUCGCGGGAGCGCCGGCUUGGCGCCAACGGCAUCUCCGACUUCAAGACCCACCCCUUCUUCAGCGCCAUCGACUGGGACAACAUCCGCUCGGCCGAGGCGCCCUACAUCCCCGAAGUGUCCUCGCCCACCGACACGUCCAACUUUGACGUGGACGAUGACGUCCUCAAGAAUCCGGACAUCAACCCGCCGAUGUCUCACAGCGGCUUCACCGGGCAGCACCUCCCCUUCGUGGGCUUCACCUACACCACCGACAGCAGCUUCUCGGACACCGCGCGCGGCGGCGCCAGGCAGGAGGCCGGCUGCCAGCUGGAGGCCUUCGAGAAGAGGAUUCGCAGUCUGGAGCAGGAGAAGCAGGAACUCAACCGUAGACUGCAAGAGUCAACACAGGCCUUGCAGGCUCCGCCUCUAGGAGGAACCCCGAGUCAAGACAAAGAGAUCAAGAAGCUGAACGAGGAGAUCGAGCGUCUGAAGAAAAAGCUGGCAGACUCGGAUAGGUUGGAGCACCAGCUGGAAGAGGCGGUCACCCUGCAGCAGGACUACGACAGCUCCGCCUCCAGGUUGAAGCACCUGGAAAGGCAAGUGAAGACCCUGCGGCAAGAGAAGGAAGACGUCCACAAGCAAAUGGUGGAGGCCCUGGAGCGCCUGAGAACGCAAUCCAAGGAACUGAAGGAGGCCCAUUCCCAGAGACGCUCGGCCAUGCAGGAGUUCUCUGAGCUGUCAGAGAGGACGGCCGAGCUGAGCUCCUCCAAGCAACGGCUGGCUCGCCACCUUCGGGAAAAGGAGGAAGAGACGGACAGCCUCCUUCAGAAGAUGGACGUCAUGCGGCAGGACAUUCGCAAGACUGACAAGAACCGCAAGGAGCUGGAGGCUCAGCUGGACGAAGUGACGGCAGAAGCAUCCAAGGAGAAGAAGCUGAAAGAGCACAGCGAAGUCUAUGCCAAACAGCUGGAGGCUGAGCUCCAGUGCUACAAGUCUCAACAGGGUCGAGGAGCUUCAGCAGGGGGGGCGGAGUCCCAGCAGGAGCUGUCUCGCCUGAAGGCGGAGCUGGACAAGAAGGUUCUGUUCUACGAGGAGGAGAUGCUGAGGAGGGACUCUGCGCACUCGUCCGAGGUGAAGAAGUGGCGCAAGGAGCUGCACGACUCCGAGUCCUUGCAGUUGGCCGCCAACAAGGAGAUUAAGGAGCUCAUGGACAAGCUGGAUAAGGACAAGAGGGACAGACAAGCGGAGAUGGACGAAGCUAUCAGUGUCCUGAAGGACAAACAGGAGCGGGAAAAGAACCUUCUAAUGGAAGAAAACAAAAAACUGCUGACAGAAAAUGACAAGUUGUGCUCGUUUGUGGAUGAGCUGACGGCUCAGAACCGCCAGCUGGAAGACGACCUCCAGGACGCCUCGUCCAAGAAGGAGAGCGUGGCUCACUGGGAAGCUCAGAUUGCCGAGAUCAUUCAGUGGGUGAGCGACGAGAAGGAUGCCCGUGGUUACCUCCAAGCCUUGGCCACCAAGAUGACGGAUGAGUUGGAGACACUCCGAAGCUCCAACCUGGGCAGCAGAACUCUAGACCCCUUGUGGAAGGUGCGUCGCAGUCAGAAGCUGGACAUGUCGGCCCGUCUGGAGCUCCAGUCGGCUCUGGACGCCGAGAUCCGAGCCAAGCAGAUGGUCCACCAAGAACUGCGGAAGAUUAAAGCCGCCAACAUGGCGCUGGAGAGCAAGCUGAAGGAUUCCGAGGAACGCGGCACCGAGAUGGCCUCCCAGAUUGAGAAUCUGAAGAAGGAAAUGGAGGACGGCAGAUCACGUUCGGACAAAGCGCUGAACCUUCCGGACUUCCAGGACUCCAUCUUUGAGUACUUCAACACGUCUCCACUGGCGCCCGACCUGACCUUCAGGACCACGCCCCUCGACGCCACCCCCCUGAGAUCCCAAAGCACGCUGUCCGCGGCUGCCUCGGAGAACGAGGAUCUGAAGCUGUCGUCCGUCUCAAUGAGCCCCUCGCCCAGCUACCAAAGUUCAUCAUUGAGCGUGCUAAAGCCCAAAGCCCACCAGCUCAGCAUCAAGACCUUCUCCAGUCCCACCCAGUGCACCCACUGCACUUCCCUCAUGGUGGGCCUCAUGCGACAGGGAUACGCCUGCGAAGUUUGCUCCUUCAUCUGUCACGUGGCCUGCAAAGACCACGCCCCCCUCGUGUGCCCCAUUCCGGCCGAGCAGGCCAAGAGACCGCAGGGCAUCGACGUCCAAAGGGGCAUCGGCACCGCCUAUAAAGGAUACGUCAGGAUUCCCAAACCCAGCGGCGUGAAGAAAGGCUGGCAGCGAGCCUUCGCCGUGGUCUCGGACUGCAAGCUUUUUCUUUACGACGUCCCAGAGGGCAAGACCACGCAGCCCGGCGUGGUGGCCAGUCUGGUGUUGGAUCUCAGGGACGAGGAGUUCUCCGUCAGCUCUGUGCUGGCCUCCGAUGUCAUCCACGCUUCCAGAAAGGACAUUCCGUGCAUCUUCCGGGUGACGUCGUCGCAGCUGAGCUCGCUGCUGUGCCACGUGUCUCUGUUGGUUCUGGCUGAGAACGAGGCGGAGAAGAGGAAGUGGGUCUGCAUCCUGGAAGGUCUGCAGAGCAUCGUGGCUAAAAACUCCCUAAAGAACCAGCAGGUCCACAUCCUGCACGAGGCCUACGACGCCUCGCUGCCCAUCAUCAAGGCCACGCUCUCCGGAGCUGUGCUUGACCGGGAGCGGAUCGCCCUGGGAACCGAGGACGGGCUGUUUGUGGUGGAGGUGACCAGAGACGUGAUCGUGCGAGCGGCGGACAGCAGGAAAGUCUACCAGAUGGAGCUCAUCCCCAAGGAGAAGAUGUUUGCGCUGCUGUGCGGGCGGAACCGCACGGUGCAUCUUCACCCUUGGGAACUGCUGGAUGGCAGCGAGGCGGCUUUUGACAUCAAGCUGACGGAAACCAAAGGAUGCCAGGCCCUGACCGCCGGGCUGCUGCGACCCGGCGGGCCCACCUGCUUGAUGGCCGCCGUCAAACGUCAGGUGCUGUGCUUCGAGAUCACUCGAGGCAAACCCCACUACAGGCGGCUGUGGGAAGUGCAGGCUCCGGGGACGGUCCAAUGGCUGGGGAUGGUCCGCGAGCGCCUGUGCGUGGGCUACCCGUCGGGCUUCGCGCUGCUAGCGCUCCAGGGCGAGUCGUCGCCCAUCAGCUUGGUGAGCCCGGCCGACCCGUCGCUGGCCUUCCUGGCCCAGCAGCCCCUGGACGCCCUGCACGCCCUGGAGGUGGGAUCGGCCGAGGUGCUGCUGUGCUUCAGCCAGCUGGGCGUCUUCGUGGACGGCCAGGGCUACCGCUCGCGGACGCAGGAGCUGAUGUGGCCCGCCACGCCGCUGGCCUGCAGUUCCAACUCCUCCCACCUGACCGUCUACAGCGAAUACGGCGUCGACGUCUUUGACAUCCACACGGCCGAGUGGGUGCAGACCAUUUCGCUGCGCAAGAUCCGACCUCUCAACGUGGAAGGGACCCUCAACCUGCUGACCUCGGAAGCCCCUCGCCUCAUUUACUUCAGCAACGCGUCGUCGGAGGGUGACCUGACCAUCCCGGAGAUGUCGGAGCACAGCAGGAAGUUGAUGGUCCGUACUCGCAGCAAGAGGAAGUUCCUCUUCAAAGUUCCAGAAGAAGAAAGACUUCAGCAGCGCAGGGAAAUGCGGCGAGAUCCCGAGUUGAGGUCCAAGAUGAUCUCCAAUCCCACCAACUUCAACCACGUGGCUCACAUGGGACCGGGAGACGGCAAGCAAGUUCUCAUGGACCUGCCCCUGGUCGGUGAUGUGCCCCCCCCCUCCCCGUCUCCCUCCCCCUCCUCGUCCACCUCCCGUCACACCCUCAUCUCCUCGCCCUCCAAUUUUGAACACGUGUAUCACAUGACGUCGUCGUCGGCCGGGGUCUUCUUGCUGAAAGACUCGGCCUCGUGCUCCUCCCAGCAGAGCCUCCUGCAGCCUUCCUCCUCCUCCUCUUCCUCUCCCUCCAUCUCCUCUCUGGGAAGGAGCGUGGUCUCUUCCUCUCAAGAGGAUGCUGUGAAAGACAAGCCCCGCCCACUUUCUAGCAUCUCCCGCCAUCAGAGGAGCAAAACACACAUGACGCGCACAGCCUCAGACUUUGGGGGAGGCCCUUCAUCCAGCAGCGCUCAGGAGCCGGAGCCGGACUCGGAGCGAGAGGUGACGCCCACCGUGGAGUCUUGCAUCGAUCUGUCUUCUGACACCUCCGCCGAUUGAUCGAUCGAUCGAUCGCAGUGGAACGCCGGCCAGGUCCCUCACCGCAGAUGCACUCUGCACUCUGAGCCUUGAAAGGAGCGCGUGCACACACGCAUACACUAAACGCACACGGGCGCGAGGCUGCGGGUUACGGAAGCAGUAAGGCUUUUCCAUUUUAAUCCCCUUUUAUUGUGGCGGUAUGAGUGAGCUUCCAGCUUUUAUCUGGGUUUUAAAUCUUUUGUUGCUAGGAAACACAACAAACGGCCUCGGCUGACCUUUGACUCUCGAGGCCGUCAAUCACUAAUUAGUACUCAUAAAUCUUUUCCUGUUUGACUUUGGCGUGAACACAAAGAAAAACACUGUAUUGAAGUUGCACAUUGUUGUCAUUUCUCAUUCCUCUUGCACCGGGUCCCCGCCCCUUAACCUCUGACCUGCCAGGUCAGCUGAACACUACUGUUGACAUUUUUUUUCUUCACAGAAUCACCUGGAAAAAAAAAAGACAACUUUGUAAUGAUGACAAACAAUAAAAGAAUCUACUGACGCUGCGAGCUGUUUCAUUGAUAGAUGUAUUUGUGUUAUUUGUCCACAAGGGGGCGCUCUGACUGCAAGUAUCCCAAAGAAUGAUGUAUUUAUGCCGUUCACUGACUGAUCCGUUGAUGCUCGAGGGGAAGGAAGGCAGUUCACCCUAGUGAACGAUUCGUUCAAAAGAACAAAUAUUUUCAGUGAACGACUCACUUCCUACAGUGAUUCGUUCUUCUUUCAGUUCAUAUGACUUCAACCAGUAGGUGUCAGUAAUGCCCAUUGAAGCUGGUGCCACCUCGCCGUAAAAGAAAACGAAGAAAAAGGCCUGUCACGUGGUACGCGAUUGUGCAAAGCGCCAUUGGAUGAGCAGGCGCAGGAAAUUUGAAUUGCCGGAUGUGACGUCAUGAAGCGGGAACGGCGCAUGCUCAAGGGAAGUUGUCAUAUACGGGUGCGGACGCGCGGGCGGGCCCUUUCUCAGGAUUCAAGGCGAGUUCUCGAAUGCAGGCGCCACCGACCGUGUGGCCGUUUCUCGGGAUUCAAAGCGAGUUAUCUAAUACAGGCGCCACCGACCGUGUGGCGGUUUCUGCGGAUUCAAAGCGAGUUAUCUAAUACAGGCGCCACCGACCGUGUGGCGGUUUCUCGGGAUUCAAAGCGAGUUAGUAAUACAGGCGCCACCGACCGUGUGGCGGUUUCUCGGCUAUUCCAAGAUGGCGCCCGCCCGCCUGCAACAAACAUUUGCGAGCGUGAUUUUCUCCCGCCAUUUUUGACGCUCAUAAAGGCCUCCCAGCUAGCACCCUUCUAUACAAAGCAAGCAGGAGGCUCCUGAGCCAUCUCAGUGAUGUUGAGGAUGCUGAGGAAGAGUAGUCCCAAAUCAGGUUUUUUGUAUGAAACCAGUGAGCAGGGUGACGCCGGUGAGAAGUAAGAACACCAAUCGAACUCCCUGACGCAGAGCUGUGCUUUACCAUCAGCCAGACCAGGCAACUGCCUGGGGCAAGGCCACUAGGGGGCUCUCUUAUUUAUCCAUUUUUACAUUUGGCACUUGUCCCCUGUAUUCUUGCACUCUCGUACGCUGCUGUGACAAGUAAAUUUCCAUGUUGUGGAAUAAAGUUGUAUCAAUCAA